AUGAUGGGCUGUAGUUCAUCAAUGGAUACAAGCAACAUAACUGAGGAACCUGUUAAUGGAUUAGCGCGUUGGCAACAAAUGUCUGCAGAUCCUGUGAGUAUCGUUAAAGAAUAUGUGAGACUAGAUGAAAAAAUCAGUAAGCUAGAAUCUACUUGCCCUGGUCCACGUAUGGCUACAGCCGAAGCCUGGGUUGAACAUUUACAAACCAAACGUAAUAGUUUACUUGGUAUGGAUGGCAUGGAAGUUGUGCCAAAAGUGCAACAGCCAAAGGACGAACUUAGUCCAUUAGCCGCACAACGUAAUUCGAAUGAGGACAUUUUAGUUGUGGAUGCAUACGAUACACCAACAACAGCUCUCCACGUAGCAGCGAAUCCCACACCAUUUGCUACGAAACAACAAAACGGCGUUGUACCAAUCGGUAAUGGUGUAGGCGUAGUGGCACGCCAUGGAAAUGACAUUGUAACUAACACACCCACACAGGACUUAGCUAACUUAGCCCUGAAUCUGGGCGUGGUUGGUGAUGUAAAUAAGGCUUCCACGCAUGAAGAUUUCUUUGCAAAUCUUAGCGAAUCAGCAUUGCAUCUUAUAUCUCUCAGAUACUUUACGGAGAUUUUAGAUCAUACGAAAGUACGACUGAAAGCACACAUGGAAAGUUAUGCUGCUCUGAAUGAAUUAUACGUAAAUCAGGACGGUAUUAUCGCUUUUAUUAGCGGUGGUACAUAUAUGAGUCGAUUGGAAGAAAGUCUCGAUAGUCAAUUAGAAACUGCACGAGAUGUACGUGAUAAAUUGGGAAGUGCCCUGGAACAGUGGCACAUAUGCGGUACACUCCUGCGUGCAUGUGCUAACUCAGCUACUCAAUGUCUACACCAAUGGCGCAAAGUGGCAAAAAUUGUUAAUCCAAAAGACAAGAUACAGGCUGCCUUAGAAUGCAGAAAUACAUUACAAGCUUCCUUGAUAUCACUUGAGUGUGCACAGCUAUCGUUGCCACAUGUCGAAAUAAAAUACGUCAGCAACCGUCAAAUAUUAGCCGUAAAGCAUUGCAAUGUUUAUAUUAUAACCGAUAUUGCAAAUCUUGCAAGAUAUGAGCACACUUCCAAAGUACUUGCGGCCUAUGAAAGCAACAUGUCAAAAGGCUCAACGUGGUUGUAUGAAACAUUCAAUAAAACUUUACGUAAGGAUUUCGAUAAAGCUGAAGAAACUGUACGUAACUUGUCGAAAACAUUGAGAGAACAUAGAGAGGAAAUGUUUACGGCUGCACGCAGUUAGUAAAUAAGUCUCUGUACUUCUAAAAAUAUAUUUUUAA